AUGUUUUGGGGAGCUUUUUCUUUUGAUAAGAAGGGGCCUUGUCACGUAUGGGAAAAGGAGACUGCAGAGGAAAAGAGAGAGCGCAAAGCUGAUCUUGAUGCGAGGAAUUCGUUAAUUGAGAAGGCUAAUAAACAAAAGUGGGAGAAGGAGCAAAGGAAGUGGCUAAGGGAUUGGAAGAAGGUCCAUGGCCGGGCACCAGGAGGCGUACGAAAGGUAUGGAAGCACAAUGAGAAGACUGGGGCCUUUGUUGUAAAGAAUGGACGAGGAGGAAUUAAUUGGUAUCGAUAUCAGAAGAGGAUAUUGAUUGAGAAGCUCUUGCCCUUUGCAAGGGAGUGCCAAAAGGAUCGCCCUGAUACGAUCGUGCAAGAGGACAAUACACCGGCCCACAAGUCACAUUACCAAGGGGAGAUUUAUAAUCUAUGGAAGAUUAUGAAGAUGCUUUGGCCAGGAAACUCACCUGAUCUCAAUGCGAUUGAGAAAGCAUGGUUUUGGAUGAAAAAGGAAACUACUAGGCGGGGGCCUACAAGUGAUAGAAAAAAGCUCAGAGCAAGGUGGGAGAAAUGCUGGGCGGAUCUUCCCCAAAGUAAGAUUCAAGAGUGGAUUGCAGCAAUUCCUGAUCAUAUACAAGAGAUAAUUCGUUUGGAAGGGGGGAAUGAGUAUAAAGAAGGUAGAAAGAAGGGCCAGGAGAAGGUAGCUAUAUAUUAG